AUGGUUAUAUAUGAUAUGAACCACCAUGACUAUGAAGCCUGGUCUGAGUUGAAUAAUACAAUCAGUAGUAUUAUUGACGAUGAUUUUGAUAAAACACUUGCUACACCACAAGACGAUUUGUGUGAUAUAAACUUCAUUAUGUUACCCUCAUCGGAUGAUUCUUUUAUUCACAGCGAUUGGAACGAUUUUAUUAACAACAGCGAUUUGGAGCAUAACAACAGCAAUAUGGAGCAAAAGUUAAAGGUAGGAGAAAAGAUAAAGGGAGAAGAAACGAAGAAUAGGGUUGCCAAAGAAACAGAGUCGAAGAGGGAUGCUUUUAAAGAUAUGAAUGGUGUACUGGUAAGAUGUAUAGAAAGUUUUUCCCAGAAACCAAGAACACCUACAACUAAAAGGCGGAAUACAAAGAAUAUUUACACUCCGAAAGAACUUACGACUAAAAGGUUGAAUACGAAGAAGAUUUACACUAAAAAGGAACCAUCUUUUUUGAAGUUGAAGAGAAAAAAUAAGGAAGAAGUGGAGGGUUAUGUGAGAAAGUGCUCCCAUUGUGAAGCCGAGGAAACACCACAAUGGCGAGAAGGACCCUUGGGGCCAAAAACUCUGUGUAACGCAUGUGGAGUAAGGUACAAGUCAGGUCGGUUAGUUCCAGAGUAUCGCCCAGCUGCAAGCCCAACUUUUGAUGUCUUUAAAUAUUCCAAUUUUCACAAGAAGAUACUGAGAAAUAAAGGAUUAGAUCAAAAGUGA